AUGAAUCAACUAGCGAUAUUUCAAUUUAAUGAUUCAAGGAAAUUGUUUAAACUAGCUAAGUUAUUAAAUAAUCAAAAGUUUUUUGAAAAUUUCCUUAAUGACAAUCAAUUCAAUAUAAUUAAUCAUAUACUUUCAUUAGAUAAUUAUGAAAUAUGGAAUCAAUUUCUCGAAGGUAAUUGUUUUAUAAAAUAUAAAAAUGAUAAAAUAGAGAAACCAGUAUUGGAAAAUAUAGGAUCAGAAGGUGAAGAAACUGAAAAUAAGGUGGAGUCCAAUGAAAAUGAUGGAUUUGAGAUAUCUAAAAAAUUGGCAUUACAUAUUCGAUAUUUAUUAUGGGAAAAAGCCAUUGAUUUUUAUUAUUCAAAAGAAAUAGAUCCUGAAUUAAAGUAUGCAUUUGAAGACGAUGUACCUGAAAAGAUUGAAAAACCAAAAGUUAGAGAAUUAGAAGAUGAUUAUGAUGAUGAAGAUGAAGAAGAAGAGGAGAAAGGAGAACAACAAGAUAAUAAUUUACUGUUUAACUCCAAGAAUCAAUUAGUUUUAACAAUUCCAUUAAAAGAAGAAAAAGAAUCCGAACAAGAUUUAAAUACUGAAUUUAAUAAAGUUUAUCACAAUUUUGAAUAUGAUAGAGAAACAUUAAUUAAAAGAAGGAAAUUAGAACAAUCAAAUUUACAAUUAGAUACACAACCAAAAGAAUCAACUUCAAGUAUAAAUUUAGGUGUUGCUUCAACUUCACUUCAACAUUUAUUAAUGACAAUUCAACAAAAAAGAGAUGAAAUCCCAUUAAAUGAUAGUGAAUUAAAAACACUAUUUUUAGAUGUUCGUAAAAAUAGAGGUAAAUGGGCAAAUGAUGAUCGAAUGGGUCAAGAAGAAUUAUACGAAGCUUGUGAAAAAGUAGUUAGUGAUUUGAGAAACUAUACAGAACACUCAACUUUUUUUUUAAAUAAAGUUUCAAAAAGAGAAGCACCAAAUUAUGGAUUAAUAAUAAAGAAACCAAUGGAUUUAAAUACAGUUAUGAAGAAAUUGAAGAAUUUAGCAUAUAAUUCUAAAAAUGAAUUUGUGGAUGAUUUAAUGUUGAUUUGGAGUAAUUGUUUAACUUAUAAUGCUGACCCAAAACAUUUUAUAAGAGCUCAUGCUUUGGCAAUGCAAAAGAAAUGUUUAAAAUUAAUACCUACAAUACCAGAUAUCAAAAUAAAGAAUAGAUCAGAUGUACAAGAAGAAGAAGAAGAAGAACAUGUUGAAGGUAAAUCUGUAAAAGGUAGAAAAACAAGACAUGAAUUAAAAACAGAACCAGAAAAGAAAAUUGCAACUCCUAUAAAUGUUGAAAUAAUUGAAGAAACUCCAGGUGCAAUUUCUGAAGAAGAAGUAGAUGAGGAGUUAAAGUAUGAAGAAGAUGAAGAAGAUAAUAAUUGGCGUUAUAUUACAAGUAAAAGUAGAGCAAAUUAUUGUGAACAACGAGCAUCCUUGUUUGUUCACAAUAAUUUAAAUUAUAACGCUCAUGCAAUUACUCGCAAACCUAGUGAAAUGAAAAAUUUCAGUCAUUAUUUAAAUCAAGAAGUGGUAAAGAAAACUGAUCAUUUACUUGAAGAGGAUCCAUAUUUAAUUGAAUAUGAUAUUUCUGGUGGUAUACCUGGUUUAUAUAAUGGUAUAAGUAAUGAAGAUCUAGACAAAAUUGAAAAUGAUUUAGUUGAAUCAAUGUUGAAAACUCAAAAUCAAGAACACAAUUUUAUAAAAGGGAAUAAUGGAUUAAAUAAAUUAUACCUUGAAAAUAUAUCAGAGAUACAAGAGAUUAGGAAAAUCUGUUUCAAAAUUUCAUUAAUUCGGCAAAUGCAAACUCAACAAUUUGUUCAUCACACUCAAAUGAAGCAACCUGAAAUACCAUCUUUAAAAGAAAUUGAUAGUCCUUUGAUUCCCGAAAUUCAAGAAUCAUGUGAUGAAGAGAUAAAUUUUGCAGUUAUACGAAAAGCAACUUCAAAAAUAGCCAUGAUGACAGGUUUUGAAAAAACUGAAUCAGAUGCAAUAAAUUGUUUAGCUAAUAUUGCAGAGCAAUAUUUAGGUAAUAUAGCUAAAACAAUUAAAAUCAAAACCGAAAAUACAUCUCCUAACCAAUUAUCAAAUAGAAACAUACUACUAUCUACAUUAUUAGAAUCUGGUGUUACAAAACCUGAUGAUUUAUAUACAUUCAUAAAAGAAAAAAUUAUCCAGAUACAAGUAAAAUUAAAAACAUUACGUGAAAAUUUAUCAAAUUUCCUUAAAGAUUUAUUACGUCCAAGUUUGGCCAAUUUUGAUGAGAAAAAUUUUGAUGAUAAUUCAGAACAAUUUGUCACUGGUGAUUUUAGUUAUGACUUGCAAGAAGAUUUCUUUGGUUUUAAAGAAUUAGGUUUAGAUAAAGAAUUUAAUAUGUUGAGUACUUCAAUUCCAAUUCUAUUAUUACAUCAACGCAAUCAACAACAACAAUUUACUAAAAAUAAACGAAAUAAAUUUCAAGAUUUAGAAAAUUAUAAAGUAUUAGAAAUGAAACAAAAUGAUCCAAAUGUAAUUGGAAUUUUAAAACCAUUUUAUAAUAAAAUGAUUGAAAGAUCAAGUAAUUAUUAUAAAAAGAAGAAUAUUACAAGUUGGGAAUAUUUAGUAGAAGAUGAAUUAUUACCACAAAAAAUGAGAAAUAUUAGACCAAAAAUUAGUCCUACUGGUAAGAUUGGUAAUAUAAAGAAGAAAAUUGUGGCAAAUGCUUUUUUAUUAGAUGAACCAAAUGAGAUUAAACAAGAGAUAGUAAAUGUAUAA